AUGGUUGAAACACAAAAAUCUUCAACUGCAUUACAACAAGUAACAUCAAAUGAUGUUUCAACAAUAUGUUCAAAAUGUGGUGAAAAAAUUUUAAAUGUAAUGACAGCUGAUGAAAAUAAAGUUUAUCAUCCACAUUGUUUUAAUUGUUCGGAUUGUGGUAAAACUUUAGCUGGUGGUUUUUUCUAUAAAUCAAAAAAUACUAAAAUUGAUGAAUCAACAAUAAUAUCAAGAAAUAAUCUUACUGAACCAGUACGAUUUUGUGAAACAUGUUAUAAAAAAGUAGCACCAAAAUGUGCUCGAUGUCAUAAUAUAAUUGAAGCAUCAUCAAUUGUUUGGGAAGAUAAAAAAUUUCAUGAAUCAUGUUUUACUUGUUGGGGAGUUGAUAAAAAUGGUGUUCAAUGUGAAAAGCCGAUGAAAGAUGAACCUGUUUAUCCAUUGAAUGAUAAAUGGUAUUGCAAAAAUUGUUUUGAUAAAUUAGAUACUGGUGUUAGUGCUGCUACAAGAGAUAUUCUCAGUCAAAAAUGUCGUAAAUGUUAUAAAGAAUUUGCUCCUGGUUCAUUAGUUAGUGAAUAUAAAGGAGAUUAUUAUCAUCCAACAUGUUUUAUAUGUUCUCAAUGUAAUACAUCUAUUGCAAGUAAAUCAUUUUAUCAUCAAUCAAAAUCUGAUGAUCAACAAUCCGAAGUAAAAUUUCUAUGUGAAAAUUGUCAUAUUAAAAAUGCACAAGAAUGUGCAGAAUGUAAAAAUAAAAUAGUUAAUGGUGAAGCAAUCGGUUUUGAAGGUAAACAAUAUCAUCGAUCAUGUUUUACAUGUCAAAAUUGUCAUAAUGAAAUUGGUACAGCACAUUUUUUUAAAACUAAAGAUGGAAAAUAUAUAUGUCAACAAUGUUCACUUCAACAACAACAAUAUGAUACUCAAACGAAAUAG